GAGGCCAGGAGCGCUGCCGAAGGAAACUCCGUGAUCUGGCCAAGGGUUCCUAGGGCUGCGUCUACCCUACGCAGGCUGGACGAACGGAAGGCUCCGUCGUCUCGACUCGACGCUAACCUCCAGCUGCAAGCAACCUCAGUGGGUCCACCAGAGAACUGGCCUAGCCUCUGUACUCCAGACUCUACUCCGCGCUGCUUUGCUUUACGUGACACAGUUCCGAACAAGUUUCGUUCGUGUCCAAGGGGGCCGUGCCCGGUAAUCGUGUUUCCUCGUUACGUGACGGAAUCGUCGACGUGCCACGUCGGCCGGGAACGUAGCCGUAGUGCGAGCGACCGAUAAGGUUCAGCGAGUGAUGACAGUGAGAGGAAAGUGACUGCACGCAAAGGAAAUAAAAAUAAAUAAAGUGAGACUAGCAAGUGAAUCCGUGAAGUGACUCGGCAAGGGAUCCUUCCUCGAGCUAUCGAUCCCUCGCAGGAUCUAUAGGAUCUACCAAGGGAAGGGUGUACCGGUGAGAGCCGGUUUCGGGGGAUCAUGUCUCUCCGGAAGAUACCCUCCCUCGAGGAUUGACGUAGCAGCUUCCUCCUUUUCUCCCUCCUCUCUAGAACAAUUCACAACGCAACCACCCGAGAUUCGUCGGCAGCAUCGCUAACGGACGCUAAGUGCGAUCCCGAAAGCUCGCGAGGAUGCGGGACCGGCUCUCGUGGUACAUGGUCUUCCUGAUCCUGCCGACGAUUUUACUGGCCAGAUCGCUGGACAAAGAUCGACGCGUUCCUUACAGCAUACCCUCAGACUGGAGAGCACUCUGGUACAAUAAUUUCGAUGAGCUGCAACGCGUCAACGAGGCCAACGACAACAACACAGUUUCCAACGUGACGGUGCAGCUCGGCGGGACGGCCUUUCUGCACUGCAAGGUUCGGAACCUUGCCGAGAGGACGGUAUCCGACGCCGAGAUAUCCUGGAUACGUCGGCGAGAUUGGCACGUGCUUACCAGCUCCAUGUUCACCUACACAAAUGACGAGAGGUUUCAGGUGCUUCAUCCGGAAGGAUCGGACGACUGGACGCUGCAGAUCAAAUACGUCCAGGAGAGGGACAACGGGACCUACGAAUGUCAGGUCGCAAGAAGUACAGGAAUUCUCUCGCACUUCGUCAAUCUAAAUAUAGUGAUACCGGAGGCAUUUAUAUUAGGAAGCGGGGAGCAUCACGUCGACGUAGGAUCUAUCAUAAAUCUCGUCUGCAUUAUAGACAACAGUCCAACACCGCCGCAAUACGUUUUCUGGUAUCACAAUAACCGGAUGAUAAACUACGACGCUGCGCGCGGCAGCGUCACUGUACAAACGAAACCAGGACCAACCCAGAGUCAGCUGACUAUUCGACAAGCCGUCGAAUCGGACACGGGCAACUACACGUGCACCGCCUCGAACACCAAGCCUGCCUCCAUCUUCGUCUUCGUCACGGAAGGUGACAAGAUGGCAGCUAUAUUGCGACGCAAGACGUCGGACGCGCCGAGUCUCGUCGUAGGUGCGACGCUGACUCUGAUGACGUGCAGCAGCGCCCUCUUAGUACGAUAAAUCUUUAAAACUCGAAAUGUCCAUAACUACGAUUAUUUACGUUGUGAUAGGUAGGUACUUCGCGAGACUGCGAUCUUUUUUCACGUCGAGGUUAGUACCAGUUGGUCUACUUGGUAUGCAAGAUUUUCAUGGAAGAUUGUCAUGUGAUUGCCUGCUCCGAGUCAUUACGAGCAACGCGCGUGCGACCCAAAUUAUGUAAAUACUCGCAAUUGUAAUUACUUCGUUUUCAUUUAACCGCCACAAUCACGUCGGUUGACAUUGUUAUUCGCGGUUACAACUUUUUACUUUCAUUUAUUUUACCUCUUCUCACAUUCCUAGUCCUGCAUUCCUACCUCAUUCCUAACACUUGAUAUCUACUUUUCUCUCUCUCUCUCUCUCUCUCUCUCUCUACCACCCUUCAACCUCCCAUCGCUUAGCCUGUUAUCCUUCUGCUCCGCGUACCG